AUGUCGGAAAAUCAUCUAACACUAAAUUUGAAGAAAGGAAAAACUGAAUUUCUCCUGUUUGGGACCGCCAAAAGACUGGGUAAAGAAUCUUCCUCUCCUAUCAACAUCAAGAUCAACGGUGAACAUCUUAAUCAAACAACGCAAUACAAGUAUUUGGGUGUACUACUUGACCACCAUCUUACUCUCCACGAACAAGUUCGUACUGUGUAUCACAAAACCUCUACAAGACUAAAGUUACUCAAACGA